UGGACGUCACUUAUCGGCCUGUUGCUAACCGUAAUUGUUAUCGGUAACCGCGGGGAGAUUUGAAGCCGCCGGCAACCGCCGCUCAAACGAUAAUAACAACGGAUGUUACGUUACUUUGUAAUAUAUUUAAUAAUAUUUAUAUUGUGCGUCUUGUUCCUUCGAGUUGGAAACCGUUAAUAUUUUAAUUUACAUAAUAUUAUUUUUUAAAACAGUCAAUUAUAAUUCGAUACGAUUACAUCAAUAAUAAUUUAUUAUCUACAUCUGUGAAGCCGACAAUUCAAAUCUUUUGUGCGUCCCUCCAAAAUCACGCCAAAUUAUCAAUUCGUAACCGGCUUCGGAGGUAGUAUCCAGCUGCACCAAAGCCUGGAGUUAUAAAAACUACCACGGAUACAAUACGAUAUUAUGUUUACAACUCUACCGUGGUUGAAAAUGAAAAUACUCAUACUAAAUACGACUGAACGUAGUAUCGAACGCUUGCUCGAAUCGUAGGGCGUCGUAAACAGUAAUCGAUAUUCCGUUGUUGACUUGUUGUCCGACGGAGGUGUUGUUCGCGUUCUAUCGUAACGAUUUUCGUCAUUAUUUUUUAAAAAUUUAAACUAAGGUUGAGUUAAGUUUUGUUUAAUUUAUUAUUUCGAAGAACGCUGAACAAACCACUCUGUUUCGUUUCUUAUUUCGUGCCUACGUAAUUGUCCUGUUCUCAACUAUACAAAAUGGAUUUCAGCAGACCAUCGACAUCUGAUUAUAUACAAUCUGAUGAUUCGUCGGAUGAAGAACAACAUGAAAACUUAUCUACUGAAGAAUUAUGUCUUAAGAUUAAGACAUUUCGUAAUUUAUGUUUUGGAAAUAAAAUUAAUGUUAACAACGCAUUUGAUAUUGAUAUGAUCGGAUAUUUCUAUUCUUGGUUGGAAAAAAAGAAAGCCUCAAUCUUUGAGGAUAGUAACGAUGAUGUCGCCGCGUUCCAAGAGAUCAGUGACUAUCUGGAAGCUUCAGCUAAAGUCUAUUCUUAUCGUGUUGAUAAUUUAACAGAAACAACCAGCAAAUUAGUUGAAAAAUUUAAAACCUCCAAUAUCAGUAAAGGUACAGCAAAAAUAGAUGAUAAUAAUGGACCUAAAACUCAUAAAUCAAAGAGACCAAAAAUUAUGCUAACUACAUCUGAUAAAUUAAAGCGUAGACCAAAUGAAAAUGAAAGUUCUAUCAAUCCAGCUUUAAUAAAUCAUAAGGUUUCAAGCUUUAAUUGUAAUGAAUUAUUGACCACUGAUCAUCCAUCUUGCCAUCUCAACUUAUUAUACUUCGAUAAACCCUUGACAAAAGAAAUGAAAAUUUGUAAAGACGAAAAAAAAGAAUAUGUUAAAAAAACAAAAAUUGAUAAAAAUGUUUAUCAAAUUAUGGAUGAAACUCCCUAUGAACCUGAAAUCUGCUCUGAGUUUAAAGGUUUUGUAACUGAACAUGAACAAGUUGACGAUUCAGACGAUCAUCAAUUAGAUGGCAUUGAGUACCGCUUUGAUCCUAGUGUUUAUCAAAAUAAUUCUGAAGAUUCUGUUUGUAAUGAACCAGAUAACAAUGAACUUGAUUUCAAUACUGGUGAUAAUAAUACAAGCGCACUUGAUGGACUUGUGGAAUGUAUUGAUAAUGUGGAUAGAGACUAUAGCUUUUUUAACCCUCAGCUUCUUGCUAAUUGGAAAGGACCAAAAGCCUGGAAAACUCAAGCAAUGAUGAAAGCAUUAAAAUCGUGCACUGCAAUUGAACGAAAAGAUAUUAUUGAGAACUCUGAUGAUAAUAUUCUUGAACGCCCACCACCUAAAACUACUAAAAAACGAAAUAGAUCUAAGAACGAUAUAGUUGAAAUAAAAUGGUUAGAUAUGAGCGCAGUAGAUGAAAUAUUGAGACCUAAACUUCAAGGUAAAGAAAAAAUAUCACCUCGUACACUACAAAAAUGGGAUCCACUUGACAAUAUAUCUGUGAUAAAAUCAUCUAUUGUUAAUGUUGGAUAUAAGUUUGAUAAUUUACGAUUUACUGGUAUUAGCCCAGAAUGGGUGCAAUAUUCCGAAAAUGAAGAAGAAAACAAUUAUUCCGAUGCUCCAAAUUACGAUCAGAAUAUUGAUGACUCUGAUGAAAGCAUUGCUGGAACAUCAUACGCCAUGGAAAUUGAUAAUGAACAGUUAACAACUAACUCUGAACAGUUAAAAGGUGACGAAUUAGCUACCUUGGAUCUAUCUAAAGCGUUCAUCAAUGAUGAUGUUUUGGGCGACAUUAAAACUGAAUCAAGAAUGGAUAUAGGAGAAUUAAAAAAAGAAAUAUCUGAUAUUAUUGAUGAAGAAUGUGUAGACACUAAUGACGGUAGUGAAUGGAGUUCAAAAUUAUCUUUUUUAAACUUGUUGUUAAAAUUACGAGUUUAUGAACGCGAUGGGCUUUCAAUAGCUAUUGUUUUUGUUGGCCUACUUCAUUUAACAAACGAACGAGGUCUGAAAUUGUCCCAAGAACAUGAUACCGUAAAUGAUAUAGAAGAAACUUAUAUUUCCAGACCUACAGGAAAAAAAUGAAAUCUUAUUUGUAAUUAGAUAAAAGUCAUUUCAUUUUUCUUAUUUUAUAUUUGUUUAAUGACUUUGUUUAAUUAUGUUUUCUUUUUAUUUUGUGUGUUCCAAAAAAGUAAAUAUUAGAUUUAUAAUUAAUAUUUUAAUACUUAAGUAAACAAAUACAAUAUUAAAUAAACAAUCAAAAUUAAAUAUACAAUCAAUGUAACCAAGUUGAUAUCAUAGAUUCAAUAGUACUAUAAAUAUGCAACUCUAAUGCAAUUAUUUAUUGCUUAUAUUUUAGUUUAAAUUUAAUCAUUAAUAGUAUAUAGUGGCAGGAGGCGGUUAGAAUAAGAAUAUAUUUUUUUUCUCAUUCCAUGCACUACAAGUGACACUAAUCCUAAAUUAAAAUAUGAUUACAUUUGCAUUGCAUUUCAUAAUACUGUAUUUAAUUUAUGAUAUCAUGCAACUAUUAUUUAAAAUAUUUGUUCUAAUAUAUAAUUACUCAUGAAAAUAUUAGUUUUAGUUUUAUUAUUAAAUAAACUAUUAAAUUUAAUAUAAAUGUAUUUCUUUGUAUGAUUAACAAUUAAUGAUUGUAAGUUCUUAACUUUUGAA